AGGUUUUGCGUUUCACGUUGAUGGUGGAAGAGCACACUCAGCAGAGUGAGGGUUGCUAGUGGCAGUUGCACUGACAUAGACAAACAAAGCUAGGUUUGUGUUUCUAUUGUGAAAUCAUUUGUAUUUGUGGUUAUCAUCAUAAUCAUCAGCAUCUCGGGUGUUCGUUUUUGUGAGGUUGGAAAACCCUAGAAUCGCAACAAGAUGAGGAUUAUGAUAAAGGGCGGUGUUUGGAAAAACACCGAGGAUGAAAUCCUGAAAGCAGCUGUUAUGAAAUAUGGUAAAAACCAGUGGGCUCGAAUCUCUUCGCUCCUUGUUCGCAAAUCUGCUAAGCAAUGUAAGGCUCGUUGGUAUGAGUGGCUCGAUCCUUCCAUUAAAAAGACCGAGUGGACAAGAGAAGAGGAUGAGAAACUGCUUCAUCUUGCUAAGCUUAUGCCCACUCAGUGGAGAACGAUUGCUCCAAUUGUUGGUCGUACCCCUUCUCAGUGCCUUGAACGGUAUGAGAAACUACUUGAUGCAGCAUGUGUAAAGGAUGAUAACUAUGAACCUGGUGAUGACCCGAGGAAAUUGCGUCCUGGGGAAAUUGAUCCGAAUCCUGAGUCAAAGCCCGCACGCCCGGAUCCUGUUGAUAUGGAUGAGGAUGAGAAGGAGAUGCUUUCCGAAGCACGAGCUCGGUUAGCCAACACUAAGGGCAAGAAGGCGAAAAGGAAAGCUAGGGAGAAACAGCUUGAGGAAGCUAGGAGGCUUGCUUCUUUACAGAAAAAGAGAGAACUGAAGGCUGCUGGAAUUGAUAUCAGGCAGCGGAGGCGGAAAAGGAAAGGAAUAGACUAUAAUGCUGAGAUUCCCUUCGAGAAGAGGCCUCCUCCAGGGUUUUUUGAUGUUGCUGAUGAGGAUAGACCAGUGGAACAGCCCAAGUUCCCUACUACAAUUGAAGAACUUGAGGGAAAAAGAAGGGUUGAUCUUGAAUCACAGUUAAGAAAGCAAGACAUUGCAAAGAAUAAAAUUGCACAAAGGCAAGAUGCCCCAUCUGCUAUUCUGCACGCCAACAAGCUGAAUGACCCAGAAACGGUUAGAAAGAGAUCAAAACUGAUGCUUCCGCCACCUCAGAUUUCUGACCAUGAAUUGGAUGAAAUUGCAAAGUUGAGUUCUGCCAGUGACCUUGCAGGAAGUGAGGAAUUUGCAGAAGGUAGCAGUGCUACACGUGCUCUUCUGGCUAAUUAUGCACAGACACCCAGCCAAGGAAUGACUCCUCUAAGAACUCCUCAGAGAACACCAGCUAGUAAAGGAGAUGCUAUCAUGAUGGAAGCUGAAAAUCUGGCCAGGUUAAGGGAGUCUCAGACACCAUUGUUAGGAGGAGAUAACCCAGAGUUACAUCCUUCAGAUUUUUCUGGGGUCACUCCUAAGAAAAAGGAAAUUCAGACUCCAAACCCAAUGCUGACUCCCUCUGCAACUCCUGGAGGUGCAGGCCUUACUCCCCGAAGUGGUAUGACACCGGCAAGGGAUGGUAUUUCUUUUGGCAUGACUCCAAAGGGAACUCCUCUAAGGGAUGAGCUACAUAUUAAUGAGGACAUGGAUAUGCAUGACAGUGCUAAACUUGAGCUAGCAAGACAAGCUGAUAAGAGAAGAGGUUUGCGCUCUGGUUUAGGCAGCCUUCCGCAGCCUAAAAAUGAGUACCAGAUAGUGAUGCAACCAGUUCCAGAAGAUGCUGAAGAGUCUGAGCAGAAGAUUCAAGAGGAUAUGUCUGAUAGAAUAGCUAGAGAAAAGGCAGAAGAAGAGGCACGACAGCAGGCAUUACUUAGAAAACGAUCAAAAGUCCUUCAAAGAGAACUUCCUAGGCCUCCUACUGCAUCAUUGGAACUUAUAAGAAAUUCCUUGAUGCGAACUGAUGGCGACAAGAGUUCCUUUGUUCCACCGACUUCUAUUGAGCAAGCUGAUGAAAUGAUUAGAAGGGAGCUUCUAACUUUGCUGGAGCAUGACAAUGCUAAGUAUCCGCUUGAUGAGACUGUGAAUAAGGAGAAAAAGAAAGGUGCUAAGCGUACAGCAAAUGGGCCUGCAGUCCCUCUGAUAGAAGAUUUUCAGGAAGACGAGAUGAAUGAUGCUGAUCAGUUGAUAAAGGAGGAGGCCCAGUAUCUUCGUGUGGCAAUGGGGCAUGAAAGUGAAUCCCUUGAUGAAUUUGUUGAAGCACAUACGACUUGCAUUAAUGAUCUGAUGUACUUUGCCACCCGUAAUGCCUAUGGUCUAUCAAGUGUUGCUGGUAACAUGGAGAAGGUAGAAGCUUUGCAGAAUGAAUUUGAGAAUGUGAGAAGCAAGUUGGAUGAUGGUAAGGAGAAGAUAGUACGCCUUGAGAAGAAAGUGACAGUACUUACACAAGGCUAUGAGACAAGGUCAAAAAAAAGUCUUUGGCCGCAAAUUGAGGCCACUUUCAAGCAGAUGGACAUAGCUGCAACAGAAUCAGAGUGUUUCCAAGCUUUACAGAAGCAGGAGCAAUUGGCAGCAUCACACAGGAUAAACAAUAUGUGGGCUGAAGUACAGAAGCAAAAGGAACUUGAGAAAACUUUACAAAAGAGGUAUGGGGAUCUCAUGGCAGAACUAGAAAGGACACAAAAUGUCAUGGACCAGUUCAGGGUACAAGCUCAACAGCAAGAAGAAAUUGAAGCAAACAAUCAUGCACUUGAGCUUACCGAGGCCACAACUGAUGAAAUUAAUGUGCCAGGCACAGAGAUUUGUGAAGCUGUACCUGUCUCCGUUGACCAUGGAAGUGCUACAUCGGUUGGUCCAUGUCAUGAUGGAACGGCCGACCAGCAAGUAGACAUUGUACAAGACCAGGCCAAUUCUAUCUCCAAAAGCGAUAUGGAUGUGGAUUCUUGUAAAGAGCAAAUGACACACGACACUGAUGUUGAAUUGCCUGAUGCACCUGUUGCUGAGGAUGGCAGUGCUAAAGUGGUAGAAGGUAACAACGUUGACAGUUAUAUUGAAAACAGAGAGGCCACACUAGAUAUGAGUGCUGCAGUGGAAACAAGUAGUAUCGAGGGAACCGGGGAGGAUAGAGAUGUUGAGAAACCAGAUGAGGUCGUGGAAGCGGUAAACCAAUAUGAUAAAUAGUUUAAGAGAAACCACCCCGUUUGAAAAGUUUGUGGGGGUAAUAGAUUGAGUUGUUGCUCAACCCAGAUUUUGAUGAGUCACUAUCUGAAUGAAUUGCAUGGAGUGAGUCCCUGUUUAUUGGACGGUCACUGGCAAAAGUAUGUAAUAUUUGUGAUCAGCGGAUAAAUUGUAGUAGCUUAUUGAGAUGGUUACCUGUAUUUUUCGAAUUUUUGUCCUCGUUACUUCCGCCGAGUGGAUGUGGGUGAUGCGCUCUUUACACGUUUGGUAAAGAGCAUAGGAUUUUGCCAAUCAAUUAGAUUUUAAUCCACCUUGCCUUCGUUAAA